AUGAGAGUGAUGGGAGAACUGUGGUCUCAGCUAGGCUCACUCAUGGCUAGCUUCAUGUUUGUGUAUGCCAUCUAUGAGCAAUUCUUUCCACGCCAUCUUCGGAUCUAUGUCAAAAAAUACACACAAAAAUUCACAGGCUUGAUGUACCCUUACAUCCAAAUCUCUUUCUCUGAGUUCUCAGGAGAACGGUUGAAGAGAAGUGAAGCAUACACUGCCAUAAGAACCUACCUCAGUGCAAACUCAUCACAGAGAGCCAAAAGGCUCAAAGCUGAUGUGGUGCAGGAUAGUCAAAACCCACUCAUCCUCUCUAUGGACGACAAUGAAGAGAUCACAGAUGAGUUCCACGGUGUCAAACUGUGGUGGAGUGCAAACUACACUCUCCCAAAAACACAGUCAUUCUCAUUUUACCCUACUUCAGAAGAGAAGAGGUUUUUAACCCUAACGUUCCACAAGCGCCACCGUGACCUCAUCACUGGCUCUUACAUCCAACAUGUUUUGAAAGAAGGAAGGGCUAUUGCAGUUCGGAAUAGAACACUGAAGUUGUACACCAACAACCCCAGCAAUGAUUGGUAUGGCUACAAACGCAGCAAGUGGAGUCAUGUUAACUUUGAGCACCCUUCAAGGUUUGAGACUCUUGCAAUGGAUCCAAAGAAGAAGGAAGAGAUUGUCAACGACCUUGUUAGGUUCAAGACAGGAAAAGAGUAUUAUGCUAAAGUUGGAAAGGCUUGGAAGAGAGGGUACUUACUCUAUGGUCCCCCAGGAACUGGGAAGUCAAGCAUGAUAGCUGCUAUGGCUAAUUUCAUGAACUAUGAUGUGUAUGAUCUUGAACUCACAGCAGUGAAGGAAAACACUGAGUUAAGGAAGCUGUUGAUUGAAACAUCAAGCAAGUCCAUUAUAGUGAUUGAGGACAUUGAUUGCUCCCUUGAUCUCACUGGCCAAAGGAAGAAGGAGAAGGAGAAGGAGAAAGAUGAGGAUGAGGAGAAACCAAAGAAUCCUUCCAAGAAAGCAGAAGAAGAAGAUAAGAAGGCAAGCAAGGUGACUCUCUCAGGGCUGUUGAAUUUCAUCGAUGGAAUUUGGUCAGCAUGUGGUGGAGAGAGGAUCAUAAUCUUUACAACAAACUUUGUGGAGAAACUUGAUCCUGCUCUCAUAAGGAGGGGAAGGAUGGACAAGCACAUAGAAAUGUCAUAUUGUGGUUAUGAAGCAUUCAAGGUGCUGGCAAAGAACUACUUGGAGGUUGAGUCUCACAGUUUGUUUCCUACCAUUGGCAGGUUGCUGGGAGAGACCAAUAUGUCACCUGCUGAUGUAGCUGAGAAUCUAAUGCCUAAGACAGUUGUGAAUGAUUCUGAAAUUUGCUUGCAGAGUCUGAUAGAGUCUCUUGAGGAGGCCAAAAAGAAGGCAGAAGAGGAAGCAGAGAAAAAGGCCAUGGAGGAGGCAAGGUUGAAGGAAGAGAAUGAAAAGCUUGAAGCUACUGGAAAAUCUGCAGAAGAGGUGAAGGAAAAUGGCACAGUCCAUUAA